AAAAGUUUUUCUUUCAAGAAUGGCAGGUUUGAGUCCAUUAUUUGGAGGGGUCGGUAGAUCCCAAAGCAAGAAUUUGGUGGAAUUUCGAGCUGGCAAAAUGUUCAUGAAGGGUAACACAGUGCACCCAGACAAGAGGAAGGGCACUGUUUAUGUUUAUCAAUCAGAUGACACCCUCAUGCAUUUCUGCUGGAAGGAUCGCAGCAGUGGAUCAGUUGAAGAUGAUUUAAUCAUCUUCCCAGAUGAUGUGGAAUUCAAGAAAAUUCCCGAAUGUACAACUGGGAGGGUGUUCCUCCUCAAAUUCAAGUCUUCCAGUCGCAAGCUGUUUUUUUGGAUGCAGGAACCAAAAGUUGACAAAGAUGAGGAGUUCUGUAAUAAAGUAAAUGAGUACCUCAAUCAUCCACCGUCACAACGACGUCGUCAUGAUACAGAUGGAGGAAGCCUUCCCAUUGGCAGUCUCCCACCUGAACUUGCUCAAUUGGCAGGAUCAGGAAAUUCAGAUGUGCAAAAUCUUUUGUCUGGAAUGAGUCAGCAACAACUUCUCCAACUUUUUGGAAUGGGAGGCUUAGGAUCCCUACUUGGUGGUGUUCAAGGCGGGAGUCGAGGUUCAUCCCGUGAAUCCAGUCGCCCUACUUCAUCUACUACUUCUUUGGCAUCAGGAGUCCAGCCUCAAGCAUCCAGUUCCGGGCCAGCAUCCUCUGAGCCAGCAGCAGCUCAAGGAGCUAAAGAGAGUGAAAGUGCCAGCAGAGUACCUGCUUCUUCUGUGGGAUCGUCAGGGAAGCCCCCCACUCCUGUAUCAAGCCAGGGUCCAAUCCAGCUGAGUGAUCUGCAAAAUAUUCUGCAAUGCAUCACUGUCCCCCCAGAUGCAGCAGCUGGGGGUUCUGAUGCUCAUCCCACUUCACAUACUCAAGGUGAAGCCCUGCAGCCAAUCCUGUCCAACAAGCAAUUUGUUGAGAGACUCAAGCAGUACCUGCCACCAACAGAAGAUCAGUCUGCUCUACCAGCCAGUGACCAUCUCAAAGACACCAUACACUCUCCACAGUUUCAACAAGCUGUGGCUGUCUUCUCAGCUGCUCUGCAGUCAGGACAACUUGGUCCUUUGAUAAAGGAAUUUGGAUUGGGUGAAGAUGCAGUGAAAGCAGCUGAUGCAGGGGAUAUGGGUGCUUUUGUGAAGGCCCUCUCUAAGAAAAAGAAGGGUGACAGAGGCAAUGAGAAGAAGGAGAUAGAUGAUGAACAUAUGGCAUGCGACUAGCCUUGUAUUUUGUCUGCAUUUUCUAUUCACUCUUUGUCCCUUGCUUUUUGGUUGGCCAUAUAAAUAUGAACCCUAUGCAUAAUACAGACCUGGUCUACUCCCUGGAAAUAAAUUAAGAUUGGGUCC